AUGGCCAACAGAGUCGUGAGUCCCUGUUCACUUGCUUUCGAAGCUAAAGCUAACGUUCCAGAUCCCGUCCUAUCGGGCGACACUGUCAUCGUCCGCUCUAAAGAGAUGCCCGAGAAGGGCAAACCGCUGAAAGAGCGGUCGUUGCAUAUUGCGGGCUUGUCGGCGCCGCGUAUGGGCUCAACAGCUCGAGAGGAUGAGGCAUUUGCGUUCUCUUCCCGAGAAUUCUUACGGACUCUUCUGGUCGGCAAGGAGGUCGCCUUCAAUAUUACGCAUUCUCUUCCUGCGAACGGGCCCGGCGGGGACCGCGAAUUCGCCACGCUCUAUAUCGCACCCGCUUCUCCCGGCGGACCGCCCCAGGAUGUCUCAAUGCUGAUCGUCUCAAACGGGUGGGCUCGAGUGCGCGAGGGCGUAGGAGAGGGCGAAGAGGCAGUCAGGCGACUCGGCGAGGCUGAAGCGAAGCGGAGGGAGAUGCUCAGAAAUGCAGAGGGCCAGGCCAAGGCGGAAGGAAGGGGACUGUGGGAUGAACAGCCCGAGACGCAACGCACUGUGUCUUUCCAGAUGCCUGCGGACCCGCACGCCUUCAUCGCUGAGUACAAGGACCAGGAGGUCGACGCGCUGGUCGAGCAGGUCCGAGAUGGGACGCAAUACCGUGUCCGACUACUCCUAGAUGAACAUCACCACCAAUUUAUCAAUCUCACUGUUGCAGGGGCCAAAUCACCCAAAGCUUCCGGCGCUCGAGAAGGCGAUCAAUCAGCUGAACCAUGGGGAGAGGAGGCCCGGUCAUUCGCCGAAGUCCGACUCCUCCAGCGUCCCAUCAAGGUCCGACUCUUGUCUGCCCCGGUCUCCCUCGGCGCGUCUUCAUUGCCCGCUCCCGCGGCGUCUAGCACUACCAAGACGAAUGGGAGCGGGAUGCCGGCGUUGCCUACUGCUGGCGGAGGUGGUGGAGGGGUCAUCAUCGGGACUGUAAUUCAUCCGAAUGGGAAUAUCGCCGAAUUCCUCUGUUCCGCCGGUCUUGCCAAGGUCAUCGAUUGGCACGCCGGUCUCCUUGCAGCCCACGGCGGUCUCGACCGUAUCCGCGCCGCCGAGAAAUCCGCCAAAGACAAGCGUCUCGGUCUUUGGGAAAACACCGCCCCUACGACCAACGGCAGAUCCGCCGCCCAGGCUGGGUCAGCAGGAGCCGUAGCCGAUGCUGCGCCAGCUACAAACAAGGGUCAGAGCUUCGACGCGACCGUCGUGCGGAUCUGGGGCUCGGAUCAGUUGAGCCUGCUAGCGAAGGGAGAAGAUGCGGAGAGGAGGGUACAGCUCGCUUCGGUCAGAGGGCCGAGAGGAGCUGGCGCGCGGGAGGCGUACUGGGCUAACGAGGCGAAAGAGUACCUCCGAAAACGGCUCAUUGGGAAGACGGUCCAUGUGCUUAUUGACUAUGUCAAGCCGAAAGAUGGGGAGUAUGAGGAGAGGGAAUGUGUCACGAUCACCUAUGGAACGCAGAACACGAACAUCUCGGAACAGCUCAUUGAGAAGGGACUGGCAACUGUUCUGAGACACAAGCGGGACGAUGAAGAUCGGUCGAUGGAGCUUGAUAAGCUGAUUGUGGCGGAACAAGCAGCGGUAGCCGAGACGCGCGGUCUGCACUCGACCAAAGAAGUCAGCCUACCCCGGAUCGUCGACGCGUCGGAGAAUGGUUCUCGAGCCUCACAGUACCUGCCAUCAUGGAAACGUGCAGGUCGUCAUGCCGCCGUUGUCGACUUUGUCGCCUCUGGUUCCCGCUUCAAACUGUACAUGCCUAAAGAAAACACCAAGAUCACGUUUGUUCUCGCCGGGAUCAGGGCACCUCGGGUCGCUCGUGCGGGCACGACAGAGAAGAGCGAGCCGUACGGUCCUGAAGCGUACAAGUUUGCCAGUCGAUAUAUGCAGCGAGACGUCGAGAUUGCUUUCGACAGUACCGAUAAGCAAGGAGGAUUCAUUGGUGCGCUGUAUGUCGGUGGUGUGAAUCUGGCGGUCGAGCUCGUCAAGAAUGGGCUGGUCAAUGUUCAUACUUAUUCUGCCGAGGCAUUGCCAUUUGGCCGAGAGCUCAUUUCGGCCGAAGAGGAAGCCAAGAAGGCGCAGAAGAACAUUUGGUCCAAUUAUACUGGCGAAGAAGCAGCACCCGCAGCCGAGACAGCUACGGGCACGGCUCUUGCGCCUGAAUAUUUAGACGUUUACGUUUCAGCCGUCCGGGACUCGGAUCCCUUUGGCUUCUCUGUGCAGGUCUUGGAUGAUAACAGCGUUGCGGCACUCGAAAAGCUCAUGUCUGACUUUGCGCUGCAUCAUCGUCAAGCUACCUCUACUGCACCGAAAGAUUUCAGCCCUCGGACGGGUGAUCUCGUUUCUGCCAAAUUCAGCGAGGACAAUCAAUGGUAUCGCGCCAAAGUCAAGAAAUCGUCCAACCUGAAAAAAGAAGCUCUCCUCUACUUUAUCGACUAUGGAAACGAAGAGACCCUCCCAUUCGCGCGGAUCCGACCCCUCGACACGAAAUUCAAAUCUCUACCCGGCCAGGCCCGCGAGGCGCGUUUGUCGUUCGUCAAGCUCGUCCCUAGAUCCAACGAAUACGGACCCGAGGCGUGGCGUCGGUUCGGAUCACUCACCGAGGGUCGGAAGCUCAUUGCGAAUGUGGAUCAGAAGGAAGGGGGGUUGUUGCAUUUGAGGUUGAUCGAUCCGAGUGAUCCGAAUGCGGCGGAUGAUCCGAUGGCUUGUAUCAAUGCGGAUUUGGUCAGAGAGGGAUUGGCGACGCUGGAUAAGACGUUGAAGUAUGUCAAGGCGUAUCCGCAGGUAGAGCGGAAGAUGGUGGAUGCGACAGAAGGGGCCAAAAGGGACAGACUGGGGAUCUUUGAGUUUGGAGAUGUCAGUGAGGACUAG